UUAAAAAUCGAGUAUAAAAUGGCUCCAUUCCCUCGUAUUCUGGCGCGCUAAAUCAUUAAACCGACGGAGGUGGAGAAGGCAAUCAGCGGAGAAAAUUGUUGAUUGAUAAACAAUUGCAUACUUGGAAUGGAAAGCAAUGGUAUCGACUUCACUGGCAAACGCAUGAAACUAGCUAUGGAAGAGCAGGGAAAGGAUACAAGCAUGUCCAACAUUUCAGAAAAUGAGCAGUGUGAGACGGACAUUAGGGGAUCCGAGGAGAUGGAAUCCAAUAUAGCUCGCCUACUAGAAAAGAUCGAAAGCUUCACACAACUGGUGUCUGAACUCCUGGAGUCGGGAAAGACUGCUUUCAAAGAUCUUAGUAAUGAAUUUGAAGAGCAAAUCAUAGCCAUUCACAAGAAUAAUGUUGAAAGAUGGCAACACGAGAUCAAAGAGCUGCGGUUGCUUGAUUCAUCAAAUGAGGAAGCCAGUACUAUUUUAUGCAAUGCUCGAAAUUUACUUCAGAAUGGUCACAUCCAGUUUUGAAGGUAAUUUCAAACAGGGCUAUUUUUUUUUUCCAGCUUUGGAAAAUUGAUUCGAACCAUGAUUGAAAAGCUAGGCUAGAAGAGGUGUCUACAUCAAGGAAGCAACUUAGUUCCAUGAAACCUAGUAGAAAAGUUCUAUAUUUAGUUUUAACGAAUAACCAAUGCAUGCUCAUUUUUAUCUUUAAACUUCGAUCAAAAUCAUGCAUAUAUCAAAACUGUGAAACAAUUGAGAUACUGAGUUGUGUAUUUGAUUGGUUUUGUGUUUUAGGCGAAGAUGGAAAAUCAUGUAGUUAAAAAUUGUAACCCUGACAAACUGUUCUAAAGAAUAUUACAUCCUUAGUACUGAGGUGGGAGGUGGGGAUCCAAAUUUAAGAUGUCUCUCUUUUUUUUUUUUUUGGUUGUUGUUAAUAGAGAAUGUCAUGAUCCAAGAGUAAGGAUAGAGGUUGAAUAGAGAUUUGAAAAUUUAACUUUCGGGAUACAUGUAUAAUAUAAAAUUGACAAUCGAAGUGAGUUUGUGAUA